AUGAUUUUUAUUUGCUCUUCUCAUUUAGAACUAAUAACACCAAUUCCAACACCAAAUCAACCUCCAAUAAUAGGAAUCUGGUCGGAUCCUCAUUUGGCCUCAAGUACAACAACACCGUUCGGUAAUGUGACCCUCGAUGAGAAAGGAAAACAAAGAUUAUAUCUUAAAGAACUGCGCCACGAUUUAGCUACUAUGACUUCUUGUGCUGAAAAAACCAUCAUGGAACUUCUAUUGCAUUUUGAAGCUGAGUUACUUGAAGAUAGCAUGUUUGCGAAUAAUCAAGGUACAGUAAUUCCUUUGUUCGAGAAGCUGCAGGAUCAGAUUAAAAAACAAGGAUGGCUUUCGGAGAAAAUUCAAGAGAAUCUCCGUGAUUUAAACAGACAUAUACAGAACCACGAUGUUCCAUUGUUGAUGCGCUCUCUAAGAGAACUCUUGGCGAAAAUAAGACCUUUAAACAUACAGGAGAUACAGAAACUCGUUGAAAAAGCUAGGAAUGCUGCUGAAUUGAUUCGUGAUAAAGAAGUAAUUCUUUUAAUAGGUGAAACUGGAACUGGAAAAUCGACUACAAUUCAGUUUCUUGCAGGCUGUAAAAUGAAAGCGACUAAAGUAGAAGUUGAGCCUGGAAAGUUCCUAGAACACAUUACAAUAGAUAAGUCUAUUACGUCUAUUACGAAUCGUGGAUUGAAAAAUGUGACGACUAGUGCACGAAACAAGUCAGAAACUCGCUACAUCGCACCUGUUACCAUUCAGUUGAAAGAUAUUUUUGGUUCUUACGAAACUGGAGAAAUUAUUUUAUGUGAUGCACCAGGUGUUGGUGACACAGCAGGUCCAGAAGUUGAUAGAGCUAAUAGUGUGGGAGUUGUUGAAGCUAUUAAAGGAUGUAAGAGUGUCAAGAUACUUGCUCUAUCACCUAAACUUUUAUAA